AUGGGACCAGGAUGGAAUGGCAGUCUUCAGGUAUGGCACGAAGAAAAUCAGCUAUGGCGGAUAUUACCAUCAAAACAGCUUAACAUUCCAAUCGGAUCCAUUCAUAAAUACUCAUCCGAAAGCCCCUUGAUCAGCAAAUGGCAUCGAUCUCGAAAUUCAAUCAAUGUUGACGGCUUUUUACCAAGUGCAAGUUCUUUAAAUUUAAAUGAUCAACCUAUGUCAUGUUCCACCAACAAUCCCAAUAUCGACCUUGCUUCCACUCCAUCCAGUUACAAUGGAGAAUCGAAUGAUACUUUUGGACCAGGUUGGCCUGGUAGGUCCUCGAUGAAUGAUAUCGGCAAAUUUCUAUCAGAAGCAGUGAAAGAUGAUGUUACCAACAAAUCAGCUUGGAAGUCUGUUUAUGAUCAGUACGGUUAUAAAUAUGUAAAAUCAACUGUAUCACGGUACCGUCGUUGGCUAGAAGCUAUUGAUAAAAACCAGUUAGAUUCUUACCUCGCUAUCAACGGCCACAAAUCAGUGCAACGUGGUAUCACGCAUUUCCACGCAGCAUGGUUUGCAACUGAUACCCAGCUACAAAUUUCACAACCUUCACCUCGAAAGCGGGUCCGAUUAGACUAA